CGGGCAGGCCGGAAGCGCGCGGCCUAAGGAUCGCAACUGUGGCGGCCGCCGCGUUUCGCGUUAAAGUUGUUACUGGCUCGUCGCUUCGCAGCUAGUUCGGCGAUUUUUGUCCUUGCUCCGCCUUCUCGAGCCGUGUCCGGUGCGGGCUUCCCCCUCGGAAUAUGGCGGCGUCUGGUCUGGGUCAUCUCAAAAAUAACUAUAGAAGAAGAUUUUGCCGACCUUCCAGGGGACCUGACAUUAACACAGAGCAAGGCCAGAACAUACUGGAAAUCUUAAAAGACUGUUUUGAAGAAAAAAGUCUUGCCAAUGAUUUCAGCACAAAUUCUACAAAAUCAGUGCUUUAUUCAACACCCAAAAUAAAAGACAUUUGUAUGCAGUCACCAAGCAAAGAGUGCCAGAAAUCCCAUCAAAAGUCAAUUCCAGUUUCUUCAAGGAAGAAAGAAGCCUCUCUGCAAUGCACUGUAGAACCGAGUGAAGCUGCCAGCAGAUCAGUUCAAGCCCAUGAAGUUUGUCAGAAAAAUCUGGCAACUGAUGUUGGUUCUAAAAAUAUACCUGGCUCUAAAAAAACGUCAAGUGGAAAACUAAAUGAUCAUCACAGUGAAGAUGAUGAAGAAUUUUACUUAUCUGUUGGCUCGCCUUCUGUUCCUUUGGAGGCAAAAACAUCUGUAUCGCAAAAUGCUAUUCCAUUUAUUGCCCAAAAGAGAGAGACUUACACUUUGGAAAAUUCAGUAAAUACGCUGUCUUCAAGUACAGAGAUUUCUCUUAAAACCAAAAAAAGGUUAAACUUUGAAGAUAUUUUGAAGAAAGUAGAAGUAGAGAAUAAAGAAUCAGAAGAGUAUGAAAUAUCAGAAAGACAAGAAAAGAAACCACCAAGAAUAUCUCAGAAAAGAAUACAAGAUUCAGAAUAUGAAAUUCAAGCACAGUCUAAGAAGAGUUUUUCAUCAUUGUUUUUAGAAACCAUAAAAAGAAAAAAUGAAUCCAGUCGCAUUAUUAGGCAUUUAGCAACUGCUGCACCUCAUUUGCCUCCUCCAAAUGAUAAGACGUUGAUAGAGGAUGAAUUUGUAAUUGAUGAAUCAGAUAGAAGUUUUGCCAAUCGAUCUUGGAUUACAAUACCAAGAAAAACUGCGCCUGUGAAACAACGCACAGUAUCGCCUGCUGAGAACACUGCACUCCUUAAGGGUAAAGAGUCAAGAGAAAAACAUCACAAUGUCUCACCUAAGACUUUGACAAGUGACAAAGGUUCCCAUAAAGCUCACCCAACAGAGAAUUCUCAGCCCUCUGGUCAACAAAAACUGGGUACAAGUUGUCCUUUGACAGAUGAAGCGGAAAAUAAUAACAGAUCUACAAAAUGUGCAAUAUAUUCUCAGAAUGCAGAAAAAUCAUCUGAAAGCAAAAAGGCUAUAAAACAAAAACAGACAAGAAACUUCAAAGCCAAUGUAGUUGAAGAACAGCUUGAUAUGGGACAAUCUAAUGUUGAAAAUUUAAGUAUAUCACAUAUUGCCCAAAACAAGUUUCAGAGAAAUUCAGAUAAAAAUAUGAAAGAGUGUGAAGAGAGGAGAAAUGAUCAUAUUUCCAAAAAACAGGUGCCACCUGCAGAAAGUAAGAAAAGUAGCACCAGAAAAGUUAAGGAAGACUCUAAAAAGAAGCGUUUUGCCAAUGAGUCCAAGACCAGCAAAGUUGUACCUGAAGAAGUAACUUUAACUGUCACAAGAAAUCGAAGAAUUUCCAGGCGUCCAUCUGAUUGGUGGGUGGUAAAACCAGAACAGAGUCCUGUUCAUAGCAAUUCUCCAAUAAGAAAUGAAUUAUCAGUGCCACACAACAGUAGGCGGAAACCUGCUGAGAAGAAAAAUCAGUCAUCUAGGAAUACUGAGAAAAAAACUAUUCCAUUUAAAAGGCAGAAGACAGCAACUCAAGGCAGCUCAAGAGUACAGAAGUUUUUAAAUGCUAAGGGUUCUGAAGGUAUUAUUGACCAUGAUGAAAUUUCCAGUUGUUCCCAGAUUGAGCCAUUGGAAAGUGACGAGGCAGACCUGGCUGAGAAGAAAAAUCUUGAUAAUCAUUCUAGAUCUACAGGAAAUUCAAAGGAUCAAGAUGAUAUAAAGAUUGCACACAGUGUUCAUCUAAAGUCUAAGAUCAGUAGCUAUACAUGCAAGACACCAACAGAUUCUCACUUGGAUUCUAGAGAACCUGAAACUUCAGUUUUGGAGGAAAGUGGACCUUCCAGGAUCAAGAAUUAUUUAAUGUCUGGAAAAAAUAAUUUUGAUGUGAAUGAUGAGAAGGUUCAGAAAAGUUCAGGUGAUUCAAGAAUAAAAAGAUCUAAAGUGAUACCAGACAACAAAAUACAUCACAAAUUAGUAUUGCCCUCCAACACACCAAAUGUUCGCAGGACCAAGAGAAUACGUUUGAAACCUUUGGAAUACUGGCGAGGCGAGCGAAUAGAUUAUCAGGGAACGCCAUCAGGAGGAUUUCUGAUUGGUGGAGUACUAUCCCCAGACACAAUGUUGCCUAAAAGGAAGGCAAAAGGAAACGUGGAAAAAGUCAACAAAAUAGCUAAGCAGAAAAGGAUCUGUCUUGAUAACGAUGAAAGAAAGAAUAGAUUAAUGGUAAAUCUGGAUAUAUCUCUAGGAGAUCCUUUGCAGCCAACGAGGGUAAAGGACCCAGAAACAAGAAACUUUAUUCUCAUGGAUCUUGUAAGGCCACGAGAUACAUACCAAUUUUCUGUUAUGCAUGGUGAGUUGAAAGUAUAUAAAACACUGGAUACACCCUUAUUUUCUACUGGGAAAUUGGUAUUAGGACCACAUCAAGAAAAGGGAAAGCAGCAUGUUGGCCCGGAUGUAUUGAUUUUUUAUGUUAACUUUGGUGACCUUUUGUGUACCUUACAUGAAACAUCUUAUAUAGUAACUACUGGGGAUUCUUUCUAUAUUCCUUCAGGUAAUUAUUACAACAUCAAAAAUCUCCUGAAUGAGGAAAGUGUUCUUCUUUUUACUCAGAUAAAAAGAUGAAAGAUGAAGCAAGUUUAAAUGUAUGCGCGUGUGUAUAUAUAUACAUAUAUAUAUAACUGUACAGUUGGGACAUUUAUUGUUGUAAUUACUUGUGAUGUUUUAAAAUAAAAAUUUUAUUUAGUUUUGUGUAAA